CAGUGAAUCAAUGCAUUCAAUGCAUUGCUAUUAACGGCCCAACAAUUGUCUCUCACUUUUCAGUCAAUAUACACAACAUAUUCACUCAAAAUGCCGUUUAAUUAAAUGACUGUUGAAUACACAUUUCAUUCACCGAUAAUAUGGACAGUGAUUACCGGUUGCCACCAAUUGGACGGCUAUAAUGUGGUCAAAGUGUUAACAAAAUUAAAAACUAAGUGUUUUUAUCAUUAUUUUUAAAGUCUUAAUUGAUUGAAACUACUUUUAAUUUUUGAUUUUAUCGAUUUUACAAAACAUGAGACAAACGAUACUGAGUGGCAAUUUUGUUUCAAACACUACAAGAAUAUACACUUUAUAUAUAUUUUUAGUUAUUAUACUUGAAAUUAUAGUAAAUUUAGUAACAGAUAUACAAUGUGUUCAAUCGCCGCCUUCAAUGAUAAAGCAACCGAUGCUUCCGGAGCAGCUCUUUCAAGUCGCACAGUCCAGUGAUGAAGUUGAGCGACCAUUUGCUUUGGAAUGCGAAGCCAAAGGAGAUCCCGAACCAACUUAUCGAUGGAUUAAAAAUGGAUUGGAAUUCAAUUAUGUUGCUUAUGAUAAACGAAUCAAUCAACAGCCCCGUAGAGGWACUCUAGUAUUCACUAAACCUGAUGGUGUCGAUGAAGGUCUUUACCAAUGCUUCGCUGAGAACAAACACGGAGUUUCGGUUUCAAACUCAGUGUUUCUUCGCAAAUCAGAACUYAAUUCAUUUGCUGACGAAGACUUCAAAGAAGUGUUUGUCAAUGAAGGAGAUCAUAUCACUCUUGAUUGUAACCCUCCAACCGGUUACCCAAAGCCUUCAAUUUUUUGGAUAAUAUUGUCAAAUACCGGUGCCCUUAGAAGUAUCAAUAGUUCGCGUUUGACAGUYGAUCCCGAGGGAAGACUUCACUUUUCAAACGUUACCAAACAGGACGAGUUUCUUGACGCYAAAUAUGCCUGUUCUGCCACUUCUAUCUUUAGGACUGAGUAUAAAGUUGGCGGUAAAACGAUUCUUAAAGUKACUCCCACUGGAACUUCUGGACAGGCAAGUCAUGGACCAGUAGUACAAUAUACAUCUCCUCCGUCAGUUCCAGCUCUCAAAGAUCAGAGACUGGAAUUGCACUGUAUUUUUGGUGGAACACCACUUCCUGACAUAGUUUGGGGUAAACGGGGCAGUAAUUUGGAGGGAUCCCGGUUUACAUUYAAUAAUUAUGGCAAGAGUUUAGUCAUAAAUAAAGUAGACUUUUCAGAUGAAGGCGUAUAUGAAUGCACCGCUAGUAAUGGCAUCGGUAGUCAAAAAUCUCAUGCAAUGGAAGUGAAAGUGAGUUCAGCUCCGUAUUGGAUUGAAUAUCCAAAUGACACGAAUGCAGCUGAAGGCGAAACAGUUUCAUUUAAAUGUAUUGCUUCGGGAAUACCGGAACCAAAAUUGCAAUGGUUUGUGAAUGGAGUUCCUAUAGAAAAAGCACCGCAUAAUAACCGUCGCAAAGUUGAAGGAUCAGUACUGAUAAUAAAUGAUUUGAUAGAAACAGUGGAUACUUCAGUGUUUCAGUGUAAUGCAUCUAAUGUUCACGGAUAUGCAUUCCGUGACUUUUAUCUCAAUGUACUUAAGCUGCCGCCCACUAUCACUGAAAGACCCGAACCUAUUUCACGUGCUGUUGUAUCGCACGAUACUUUACUCAGAUGUCGGGUAUUUGGUGCACCAAAACCCAUAGUAAAAUGGGAAAAGGAUGGCCAAGAGUUAACAGGUGGUCGUUAUACAGUGCUUGACAGCGGAGAUUUGAAAAUCAAAGAUGUCUUAAUGACAGACGCCGGCAGUUUUAAAUGCAAAGCUACUAAUCGUUUUGGUGAUGACGAUGCCAGUGGUGAACUUGAAGUUAAAGGCAGGACUAAAAUAACACACGCACCCGAAAACUUUGAAGUGGCCGCACGUAAAAUGGCUGUUUUCCGAUGCAACGCUGAGGCCGACUCAACACUUGUACUAAAAAUUGAAUGGCUUUUUAAUGGGAAAAAAAUAGAUUUAGAUCACGACCCACGCAUUGUUCAGGCAGCAGAUAACUCAUUGACUAUWACUACUACUAAAGAACUUGAUUCAGGUGUUUACACGUGUGUCGCCAAAACUGAUUUAGAUUCGGUUAGUUCUGAGGCCACUCUUACCGUUCAGGAUGUGCCCAAUGCUCCAGAAAUUAUUGGUGUUGAAUGCGAUGUAAACACAGCUCUAGUUGAAUGGCAGCCAACCGGUGAUAGGAGAGCUCCGAUACUUAGCUAUAGUAUUCAAUUUAAUACAAGUUUUUCACCCGAUAAUUGGGAAGACGCUUUUGUCAACAUACCAGCACCCGAUACCAAAUUUAAAGUAGCUAUGAGUCCGUGGGCUAACUAUACCUUUAGAGUGAUUGCUCGCAAUAARAUUGGUUCGAGUGAACCAAGUGGUUCAUCUGCCAUGUGUUCAACACAAGAAGAGGUUCCGCAUAGAAAUCCCGAAAAUGUUGUGGGAAGGGGUACAGCACCCGAUAAUUUGCUUAUUAGAUGGACACCAAUGUCUCCAAUUGAACACAAUGGCCAAAACUUUUUCUAUAAAGUAUAUUGGAAACGAAACGACAUAUCUAACGUUCCCUGGGAAACAAAAAUWAUCGAUAAUUGGAGGGAAGCGUCGUUUACUAUCUAUAAUCAGCCAACAUUUAGGCCCUACCGAAUCAAAGUAGAAGCACAUAAUCGUAAAGGACAGGCACAUAUACAAGCAACUGAAGUAAUUGGGUGGUCGGGUGAAGAUAAACCAAUGCAACCACCGAUGAACUUUCGCCUUAUAGAAAUCAGAGAUGCAAAGUCUGCUUUAUUUUCCUGGGAUCCGGUGUCACCCGAUAGUGUUAGAGGACAUUUCAAAGGUUAUAAGAUCCAGACGUGGGUCGCUGAUGAAGACUUGAAACAUAUGCGUGAAGUAGCAUUGCCUCCAAAUGGCACGUCAGCUAUUGUUACAGUAUUGAAACCUUAUGCUAAAAAUUAUGCCCGAAUUGUUGUGUAUAAUGAGGCUUAUAUUAGCGAUUAUUCUAAUGAAAUAAUUGUUAAUACACCGGAAGGUGUUCCGGGACCAGUAGCUUCAUUUGAUGGCAUUCCUUUGGGCUCAAAUGCUCUCUAUUUAUUUUGGACACGACCUGAUGAACCAAAUGGUAUCCUAACCGGGUAUCGCAUAUUUUAUGAGAAAGUUAUUGGUACUGCAUUGGAAAGUAGGUUAGAGCGUAUACCAAUAAUUGAUGACCCGCUCGUCACAAACGCUAGACUCGCUGGACUCGCACCUCAAACUAAAUACAGAGUCACUAUCUUAGCCACAACUUCUAAAGGAAUGGGUGAAGGCUUUUAUAUAGAGCUGACUACUAAAUCUGAAGAUGCGGCUGAAUAUCCAGAUAAGCCAUCUUUUGAAUGGUAUCAUCGAAAAGGACAGGACGGUAAAGAAGAACUCAGAAUUCAAUGGAAUCCGACGACAGGGAACGGCAAAAAACCCGGCAGUUAUUUCUAYGUUCAAUACAGACUUAAAGGCAGCGAACGGUUCUUGAAUACACCUAAGGAUGAGAAUCAGGAUUCGACAGUCGUUCCUAUCAGAGGUCUCGAAGAUGACAAGACUUAUGAAGUUCGCAUCGUUGCUGUCGAUGGACAGUACGAGACUCCCAGCGAAACCCAGGAGAUCUCAGCCAGCGGUAUCUUUACUCGUCCAUCGGGUGGCAAUAGUACAGCACAUUUGGCCAAUUUUGCACCAUGGUUUAUUGGCAUGAUGUGCGCCAUUGCACUUAUUAUAUUAUUAGUAGUAUUAGUGUGUAUUGUUAAGCGAAAUCGUGGCGGAAAAUAUUCGGUUCACGAGAAAGAGGCCGCACAGGGACGMGAAGAGUAUGAUGAGGGAGGCUUUAAUGAGUAUAAUAAACCAUUGGGUGGACCUGGAGCUGCACAUCAUAARGGUAGUCGACAGUCACUAAAUGGCAGUUUACAACAGGCUGAAAGUGAUACCGAUUCUAUGGCUGAUUAUGUUGAAGACGAUUCAUCAAAGUUUGGUGAAGACGGCUCUUUCAUCGGAGAGUAUGGACCUAAAAAACGUAGAGACGAGGCUACCACUCCUAUGACAGGAAUUGCCACUUUUGUAUAGCGAUUGCAGUUUUAAAGACAUAAUUURUAUUUAUUUCUCUUGACUGCCACUUGCCUUAAGAUAACACAUUUUGAUGAAAAGCUUCAUUUGUGACAUUUAUUGACCGUUUUUGGGAUUUUACCGACAGAUGUGAAUCAACAAUUAGUUUGUGAUUUGUGUGACAUUUUUUGAGCACAUUUACCAAAAAUCGCUUAUAUUUUUGUAGACAUAAUAACUCAUUGUUUAAAUGAUUUGACAAACGUUUUUCUAAUGACUAUAUGUUUGUCUCACCUUUUUAUACACUAAUUCCUAUUAAUGAAGAGCUACUAAUCAGUUAUCAUUAAGUUGUUUAUACAUUCCAUCCAAAUAUAACUGUUUGUUUCAAAACAAUUUCUAAUGUUUUAACCAUAAAGUUUUAAUUUACUAUUUUAAGACAUGUUUUUGAAUUUAUAUUAGAGAUCUCAAUACAAAUCCACACAAUAGGAAUUCAAUGAAAUAAGUUUUAAA